AUGGAUUCGUCAGAGCAGGCCAAAACUCCCGCCUCUUGCCUGCCACGUCUAAACAUACUGAAGAAAUGCAUAGCGGAGACGAGCUUCGCCGCCGAUUAUUCAAAGAUCCACAACCCUAAGCACACCCAGGCGCUUAUCACUGUCCUUGAUGACGAGGACAGCGAUGACUGUGAUGAGUAUGGCUAUAACAGUUUCCCCAGCACGAGGUAUCAAUAUUAUCAGGAUGCCCGGCCAGUGAGAACAAAGGUAUGGAAGCACAGCGCAACUGGGAACAAGGCGUUGGAUAGAUUUAGGAGACUGGUUGAAUUUGUGUUGAUAGCAAAGCGUUUAUUCAAUUGCAACCGAUCCAACUUGAAGCAACACGAAAACAUGCUCUUCUUCCCUGACACCAAACCGAACGGCCUGAGCACGAACGUGAAAAAUGGCAAGGAAGCCAUUAGUCCUGAGAGGAUGUUCUUUGAUCUAACACCAUACAAGGCAAUAGGAGAGAAAAGUAUGGUUGGAUCAGUGAAACAGAUUUUGAAUGUUACUCCAGCAGUUCGAAAAGAGCAUCAGGUGAAAUCGAUGAUGCACAUGCUCCAGACGUUCAGUAAGUUUGCCAGCUACCCGCAGUAUGUCCAAAAGAGCAUCUGUAGUCAAGCUUGGUUUGCCAAAUUUGAAUCUGCUCGAGUGAUCGUUAAGCAAGGAUCAAGAGCGGAGUGCUACUAUUUCAUAUUGUCUGGGCUGGGUGUGUCACGCUCAGCAGAUGACACCAAUCCCUACAGCUACGACCAAGCUUUCCUCAGAAAAGGAGACACAAUCGGGGAGAAAGAAAUACUGCAAGACAUUGACAGGGAAGCGACUGUGCUAUCAAAAGAGGCCAUGGAGGUCAUUGGCUUAGACAGAGAGGACUUCAUUAGGAUAUUCAAAUCUGGAAAAGGACUUGGCUGUCUAGAUUACCUGAAAUCGAUUGACGAAUUGAUAGACUUCCCACUCGACAUGUUGCAAACCUACCAGUUUGCCUGUUCCGUCCAUUACUUCAGGCGUGGUGCCGUCAUUGUCAAGGACUCAACAAAUUCCGAAUGGAUUUAUGUCAUCAAAUCUGGUUCUUGUCAAGUGUUCAAGGCGAUCAAAUCAAAGCCCCAGAGGAAACACCGCCGAGCCUACAGCUUGUGGGAGGAUGACACUACUGUAGCACCAAAAGACCUUGUUUUUCCCUCCAUCAAUGCUCUCACAGUCGAAAAACGUCGCAUGAGCAGAUCUGAAGGCAACCUGACUUGGAAAAAGUCACACAAGAACAAGGAAAAGAAAUACACACCAAACCGGAAGAAGAGCCUUUCAUCUGAGACGCUCCCGCAAAUUAAUUCCAGUUAUAAAAGUAAGAAGCUGAAUUUGCCUUCUAACGGCCUUCAGUCCGUCAUCUAUGAGGAUACACCAAGCCUCAGCCUAGUGAGCUGUGGCGCUGAAUGCAUCCUCAUCUCUAAGCAGUUCUUCCAUGACCACUUGGAUCCGUUCACAUUGCACAAGCUACAGACAAAGGUGCCAGCCUAUCCCUCCUUGGAUCACAUACAGACGGCACUGGAUGAUAAGCUUCUGUGGGACUCGUACAAGGGGAAAGUGGUCAAUGACUACGUCUGAACUAGUUGUUGCAUGUUGACAGACUGCUAUUAAAAGGAAAGAACUCUUUUUGUUUCCUGAUGGACUCAACAGAUUACUGGAUCCCUGCUACUGUAAACUGACAAACUUUUGCGCUUCUCAAUUUUUGCAUUUUCGUGACUUUUUGUACUUUUUAUAUUCUGACGGAUUACAUACAGUAGAACCUCUCUUAGCGGACACCUCUCUAGUAAGGACAACCUCUUUGGUAAGGACAUAAGCUUUGGUCCCAAAUUGGUUGUUUCCAUUCAAUUUGACCUCUCUAAUCAGGACACCUCUCUAUUAAAGACAGCACUUGUCAGUCCCAAGGGUGUCCUGAAUAGAGAGGUUCUACUGUACUUUCUUUGAUGGUUUUCUUGGAUGGCUCAAAUCA